GAGUACAACACGCAUAUGUCAUGUGUAAUUAUUAGACUAUUAAAUUAUGUUUUUUAAAAAAAAUCUAUGUGGAGGUGAACUUCACUUACCAUGUCACCCACUCAAUUGGUCCAUAUAUACGAAAUUACAAAACAUCCAUUUCAUGUCAUCGAAGUUAACAAACUUUUGAAUGAAAUUAACAUCAUAAGACAAAGUGGAACGUCAAAUCUUGAUCAGGGAAAAGAUUGCUGUCACCAUUUUCCCUGUUCCUCCAUGUCCCAUGCCUUAACUUAAAUAAAUUAUAUAUAAAAACUAAAAAAUAAAAACUAAAAAGAAAAUAAAAACUUCACGGCAGCCUCCCAAGUCACGACUCACCCCUAAUCUCAACGGCGGCAACGCCUCUCCUCCUCAUUUCCACCACCCUUUUUUCUCUUCCACAAUCUCUUAAUAAAAAUCCACAAAUCUUGCACUUUGAAUCAAAAUCCAGAAAUCUUUUGCUUUGAAUCCAAACCUAGAAAUCUUGCACUUUGAUCAAAACCAUGAAAUCAUUUUUGACCCAGAAACUGCAAUCCUUCAAUAAAACCAAAAAACCCCAUCCCAAAAUCUGAUCCCCACAUCAAUCUCAUGGAUUCAACAGCAACAACACCCGCUCAUUCUCGAUCUGGCCACUGUUCCGGACGAAAUCAGCCUCACGCCUUGGCCAACGCUUACAACACAAACCUCAAUCAUGAUCAAUGGUUCUUUGUAAGAUAGGAUUGGCGGCGCAGACAUGGAUGCUAUCUUGUUAGCUGACCUGAAUCUUGUGUCAAUGAUUCGGAAAGAGAGAGAAAAGAGGGACAUAGAGAGACAAAAAGAAUGGUUGGCCAGUGGUGAGGAGGAGAGGCGGUUCCUGCUCAGGUUGGUACUUGGAAUGGGUGGCUGUCAGAGUUUUGGGAGAAAAUCAAAGGCUUUAGACAAUCAGACAGCGCGACAUGCAAAUCCUACUUUCCAUGGAUGUACUUGUAGCCUUGUAGAGAUAGGGCAUGCCCCGCCACAGAGCAUGUUACGAAGAAGCCUCACUUUUUCCUCCUUCAACUCCCACAAGCACCUUAACAAAUCUGUUUUAUUGAGUGGGUGGCGUGGAAGGCCAUACGCCGGUAACGCUAACGCUGCAGCUGCAGAGGCAGAUGCAGAGGCAGAGGCAGAAGCAGAAGCAGUGGCAGAAGCACCAAAACGAAAUGUCCGCAGAGUUAAAGGGAAAAGGCUUUCCAAAGCGGAGCGCCAAGCUAUGCUUGAACCCUUUGUCAACAAGUACAGAGCAAUGAAUGCUGGGGCAUUCCCUACUGUUUCAUGUGCUCAGAAAGAACUGGGUGGCUCUUACUAUGUGGUAAAGGGCAUCCUUCAGGAGUUACAAUACAAAGCUAAGAUGUCACCCUGGUCUCCCGUAAGUGCGGAUAUGCCAAAACAAGAAGAAGUUAGAGAAAUUGAAUCUUUGGCUCAAGUUGAAGAGAAUUCAAACAGUCAGGUGUCAGUACAUGCCAGCACUGAAACUGAUUCUGAGGUGACAUAUGAUGCUGAUCUGCCAGGACAAGAGGGUGUUGGUGAAAUGGAAUCUUUGACUCAAUGUGAAGAGAAUUCAAUCUCUGAGGUGUCCGCAGAUGCGGGUGUUCAAAAUGAUUCUGAAGAGACAUAUGAUACUGAUCUUCCGGGACAAGAAGAAGUUGGAGAAAUUGAAUCUCUGACUGGAGUUGAAGAUAAUUCAACCUAUGGGGUGUCAGCAGAUGCCAGUGGCAGGCAUUUAGAAGCCAAUGAAGAGGCACAGGCUUCCUCCUCAGUUGAGAUCUUGUCUGAAGAGGUUAUCACUCGAGGAAGUGAUUCUGAUCUUGUUGCAACACAAAGUAAUUUUCUGAAAGUGGAUUCUGUGGAAUCUUCUUAUAAAGACCCUGAUGAACUUAGUAAUAGUAAGGAGGAAGCUAAGCAGAAUCUUUCUGGUUCUAUUUCUAAAGAAUGUCAACUGUCAGAAGAAAGAUUCGAGGUUGUUUCUUAUCCAUUUGGCAAAUCUGAGAAUAGUGAAAGAGCGGAAGCUGAAGCUGACAAACAAGAUUUUGUUGCAAAAGAAAAAGAUCUGCCAAUAGGGGAAGCUAAUAGAGCCUCUCUUCCAAGUUUUGGUGAUAUACAGGAUAUGAAAAAACAAGAACAUGCCUUAGAAGAUCUACCAGAUUAUGAUGAUUUAAAGUGUAAAAGAGAGAAAUAUGAAGAGAUCCCUCUGCCAGACAAACUUCCCAAAGACCUUCCUGGUAGGCAGGCUGAUGAUGCAGAGCCUUCAAGUAAAUCAACUCUAUGGGGGAAUAUGAAGUCAUUUGCGAAUGGCAUUAUCAGUAUCUUCAGAAAACUGUAAUCUUUGUCUCGUGAACUUUGGAGCCCCCUAUCAGCGGCUGUGUUUCUCCGAUGAAGGUGUCAACUAGAAAGUUGUUCCAGCAACAGAUGAAUGUAUCGGCCUAAAAACGGGUCAAAAGCUGACUGGUCGUGCUGCUAUAAUUGCGCAACCGCUGGCUUUUACAGCCAAAAUUGGAUGGGAACAUCGGCUUUUUUGGUUGGGUCUUUUGAGGAGAUGAUAGUGGAGGGUAUGACGAGCAACUUUUGUGAAGGACUCGUGGCCAAAAUAUGAAUGGACGGUGCCGAAAAGUGGCUGGAAAAACAAGGGGCUGUGCAGCCCUGUUUUUCACGUCUGAUAUUUAAACUCUUUUUUUGUUUUUUUUUUUUUGAAAACCCUAGAACUUUAAACCAACUUAACUUCCUCGUUUGAACUUCGAAUUACAUGCCGUUUGCGCCUAUGUGCUCAUGGAGAUGAGCUCAAUGUCCUGAUAUAAAUAAAAUUUCCGAAAUUAGUGCCAAACAAAAAUAGCUUGAAAUUCUUGGACAAAAAUGUUAAUGUACGCUAAAAUUUCGUAAUUAAUAAGAAGAGAUUUUUCGCAA